AUGCGGGAACGACAUCCAACAUCUGAAUAUGAGCAUUUUGUUCACGGACAUGAUGCCGAUACACAUAGUCACCACAGUUAUGAAGAGGGUACUCUAGCGGAUCCAUCCGCAACAGUUGAAGACACACACAGCCUUCACCAUCAUUCAACGGACAGUGUUGAAGAAGAUGUGCAUUUCAAUCCGGCAUCGCAUUCAACAGUACGUGCCGCGUUGUUGGUAAUGGCGUUAUCAUUGCACGCUAUAUUUGAAGGUCUUUCACUUGGACUCAUUAUGGAUGUGAAUUCGUUACUUCAG